AUGGACCAUAUUGCAUUAACCAUGGAACGUCAGGAGCUGGGAGACGUCGUUCCCAAAGACAACAACCACAUUAGAAAGAUCCUGUCACAGCUGGACCAGGACCUGCAGGAGUUUGAAGAGAUGUUUGAGCAGAGAUCUGAGACUCCGUGGCUUUGUGGCAACUCUCAGAGCGAGGCGGACCUCCCACAGUCCACCUGGUCCACCUGCGGGACACAGACUGAGACCUGGUCCACCUGCGGGACACAGACUGAGACCUGGUCCACCUGCGGGACACAGACUGAGAGCUGGUCCACCUGCGGGACACAGACUGAGACCUGGUCCACCUGCGGGACACAGACUGAGACCUGGUCCACCUGCGAGGGUCAGACACAGACUGAGACCUGGUCCACCUGCGAGGGUCAGACACAGACUGAGACCUGGUCCAACUGCGGGACACAGACUGAGACCUGGUCCACCUGCGGGACACAGACUGAGACCUGGUCCACCUGCGGGACACAGACUGAGACCUGGUCCACCUGCGAGGGUCAGACACAGACUGAGACCUGGUCCACCUGCGAGGGUCAGACACAGACUGAGGACCACAAAGACCUACAUGUCAAAGAGGCAGAGUUAAAGGCAGAGUUGGAGCUAGCAAGAGAAAAGUUAGCGAGUAUCCUGAGUAUCAGGAGACAUGAGUCCGAGCGUCAGGAGGCCUGUGAGACACUGAGAGAGCUGCAACUUUUACAUGAGAAAGUCUGUACGGAGCACUUUGAGGAGCUGAAAAGUGUAAAUCAGUGUUUGGAACAGCAGGUCUCUGUUUGCAAAAGUCUAGAGAAACAGAAAAGUGAGAAUGCGAUACAAAGAGAGAAGAUUGAGACACUCGAACGCCAACUCCAGGACUUUGAAGAGCUGAAAGAGAAGUACUCUUGGUCCGUUAAUCAGAAUCAAAGUCUGGAGAGAGAGUUUAAGGAGCACCAGGAGGAGCUGAAAAUGGUAAAUCAGUGUUUGGAAGAGCAGGUCUCCGUUUGCAAAACUCUGGAGGAACAGAUGAAGGAGAAUUCGAUCCAAAACAAGAGGAUUGAGAUUCUGGAACAUCAGCUCCAGGAGUUUGAAGCAUUGAAAGAGGAGUUUUCUUGGUCUGUUAAACAGAAUCAGAGUCUGGAGAAAGAGUUGGAACGAACCAAAGAAAUCUCAUGUAAACAUGAACCAGAACGUAAAGAGGCUUGUGAGAUUAAUGAGACUGCAAAUCAAUGCAAGAAGAUUGAGAUGCUAGAACGCCAACUCCAGGAGUUUGAGCAGAUCAAAGAGGAGUAUUCUUGGUCUGUCCGACAGAACCAAAGUCUGGGGAGAGAGUUGGAACAAGCCAAAGAAACCUCACGGAAACAUGAGGCUGAACUUCAGGAGGCUUGUGAGAAGUUGGUAGGACUAAAACUGUCACAGAAGAAGGUGCUUGAGGAGUACCUCGAGGGGUUAAGAGUUUUCAAGAAGAUGUUUAAGGAGCAGGACGAAGUUCGCAAACAGUUGGAGCAACAAAUUAGCGAGAAGGACCUCCAGGAGAAGCCGUGUAUGUGUCAAACUGUAGCUAGCACAGAGACGCUAACAGAUUUACAAGACGUGAGAGAGGAGAACUCUACGUCCAAUGUCCAAACAAUAAGGACCUUUUUGGAGGAACCGCAGACGAGUGCAGACGGGCCCAGACCUCAGAGUUGGAAGGAUGAUUGCACAAAGAGAAAUGUGAAAAAUCUGACACAGUUAUUUGAGGGUAAACCUAAGCAGGACAAGCAGCAGCAGGUGUCUGAGCUGAAGAGGAACCAGGUGAAGGGGAAGAACGUUGCAGCGCUGAUGAAGAGGUUUGAGCAGUAA